AGUGUCAGAACUGGAGAGUAACUGAAAAGAGAAAGGGUGUUGUUAUAGUGUCACUUAUCAGGCGGAAAAGCAACCGAGGGAAAAUGGCGAAAACGUACGAUUAUCUCUUUAAACUUUUGCUUAUAGGCGACAGCGGCGUCGGAAAGACCUGCCUUCUCUUCAGGUUCAGCGAAGACGCAUUCAACACCACCUUCAUAUCUACCAUAGGAAUUGAUUUUAAAAUCAGGACGAUAGAAUUAGAUGGAAAGAAAAUUAAGCUUCAGAUCUGGGACACAGCAGGACAAGAGAGAUUCAGAACAAUCACAACAGCAUACUACAGAGGAGCCAUGGGCAUCAUGUUGGUUUAUGACAUCACAAAUGAGAAGUCUUUUGAGAACAUAAAGAACUGGAUAAGGAACAUUGAAGAGCAUGCCUCUUCAGAUGUUGAGAGGAUGAUCCUUGGUAACAAAUGUGACAUGAACGACAAAAGACAAGUGUCAAAAGAAAGAGGAGAAAAGCUAGCAAUAGAUUACGGAAUUAAAUUCAUGGAAACGAGCGCCAAAUCAAGCAUAAACGUGGAAGAGGGAUUCUACACACUUGGAAGAGACAUUAUGACGAGACUUAACAGAAAAAUGAAUGACAACAGCGCAUCAGGUGGAGGGGGUCCUGUGAAAAUAACAGAGAGCCGGUCAAAGAAGAGCAGCAUCUUCCGAUGUACAUUACUGUGAUGAACGUCUUAUAAUAGACUAGAACAACCUUUUCUGCUUCUCUGAAAGCACAAUCUUGCUCAGCCUAAGAAUGAAAUUCCAUUGGAUGCUGCUGAGAGCUAUGUAUUCUGCAGACCACGACAACUAAAAUCUCAUAUUAAUAUUGCAAAAAACAUUAACAGGUUCAAAAUCCCACUGAACACUUAGUAUCAUAAACCAUGGGAAUCAACAGUAAGAAGUGGAGGCUCGUGCUUGGAAAUGUCUUUUUUUUUUUUUUUUUUUGUAUUACAAAAUUCUUUUUGUAACCAGGAUUGUUGUCCAUUUUACAGCAGCGGCUUCUGUCGUUUUAACUUUGCACGUUGGUUGCGAGUCUCGCGGAAGAAUGUUGCACCCUGUUUCACCCUGUGUCCCUGUAUGUUCAUGUCUGCAUUUUCCUUUCUGUGAAAGAUGUUCUCUGUUUUCCUAAGCAUACGUGUUCUAGAAUAUUUAUGAAACAAAAUGUGUCUUAAACCAAGACUCUCACCAUGAACAAAAACUGUGGCUAGAAAACCCCUUUUAAGGUCAUGGCUUUGGAGCUGAUCUCCACAAUAGCAAGCCAAUAAACAACAUGAAGAGAGCCACAGUUUGGUAAUGCAGGACAUGUUUAGGAGGAGGUGUAGCACAGGUGUGCAAGAGAGUAUUUAAUGUUCACAGUAAGCCAUGUAAUUCUCAACUUUACGUAAACUCCAAACUCUUGGCAUCCCAUCAAUCCCUUGUACUGAAGCUGACUGAGCCUGUGAACUACAACUUUGUAGACAGUAGUUGUAAAAAUAACAACAUCUAAGAUUUACUUUUUUUUUUUUUUUUACCUGGCUAUUUAGUAGAUCUUCCAUUGCUCAGUGGCCUACGUUACUAUAUUUUGUAUUGCUCAAUGUGUAAAUUUAGGUAAAAAGGGUAUUGCAUCCUAUUUUAAUAAGUAGUGGGGCUAAUACUUUAAAACUUGGGUAUGUUCUUUCCAAUAUGCCCAAAGCCAAUUGCAUAUCAUUUGUACUUCUUUUAAUUGAAGGAUGGUUUUAGGGCUGGUAGCUGUAUUUAGUUCAGUUGUAGUAAAACAUUAAGAAAAGCAGGCAACGAUGAAGGCUGUUCUUGUGGCUUAAUUCAAUUUCAAAUUUGUUUUUAAAUGUGUGAUUUAAUCCUUACAAGUUUUGAGCUAUGCAGUGAGCUGUGUAAGAAAAUAAUGCAUUUUUUGAGAUAGUAAAAGUUUUUGAAAGUUUAAAACAUACAGGGUUUAAUAGAAGAGUUUCCGUAAGCGUUCAUAGAGUACUGUAUUUAUUCUAUGAGUGAGUGCCAUCCUCAUGAGUGAAAUAACUGUAGCACUCUAUGCACAUUCAUGGGGUAUUCUUUAUAUGUAGUGCAAUGUGGAAAAAGAAAAUAUGACCAAUGAUUAAACUGCUGAAUGCAGAGAAAUACUUUCCUUAGAUUUAAGCUCUGAAUCUGCAAGUGAAUCAUUCACUACUGUUGAAAAAAUGAAUUUUUGGAAGACACAUACAGUUGGCAGUAUAAUCAUGGGACAUGUCACCUUCCAACAUUAUAUUUAGAUUCCUCUAUAUUUGCGGAGGUGAGAUUCCCAAGGUGUCACAGUACAUGUCUGGUCACAUAAACCCAGGAAUUGGUUCAAAUGAUUGUUACUGCAAUAGCACAAGAAAGGAGCAUCUUGGUGAAUGUGAUACACCCUAGCAGCUCUUUAGUGAAACGUCUCCGUUCAAGGGCUUUUUUCCUCCCCUGCUUUGUAAAUCUGUCUGCUCAGUUCUGUUACAACUUGUAUGGAGUCAGAUUAAAUUGGGUAGCGAAUGUAAAGCAGUGUUGUUGAACCCAAAGCAGAGCCUGUGAAGAUUAUAGACCAAGGGUGUUUUUGUCGCUCAACCAAGAUGUGAAUAUUUACACGUGUCAUUUUUUAAGCCUUUUUUUGUUCUGUUUUAUGUUUGUUAAUUACUGGGUUUCUUAUUUUCUUUCUUUCUUUAAAUUAAGAAUUUUAGUUCUAACUAGUUGUCCAAGCACACACUUUUUGUUAUUUCAAUGUCCUUUUUUUAUUAAGCUGUUCACUGAAACUUGCCUUGCUUUUAGAACCUGUUCCUAUGUUGUUAGUGUCCAGUUGAGCAGAGGUUUGUACAAGUGCUUCUUGAAGCAGGAUGGAGCGUGUAUACAUUAAUGCUAAUUUCUUACAAUUAAUUACGUUAGAUUGUGUAUAUAUAUAUUUUAAGUGAGACCAUAGGAAAACCACUUUAAUGCAUGCUUAAAAUUCUUGUAGCUACGGCAUUGUUGAAUAAUAAUGCGUUACUGAUAAUUGUAUCUUUUUUUUUUAAGUAAAUAUAUGCGAGUUAUGCACAGCAGGGGAUAUGUUUUAUUCGCCUAUGUGCAUUUUUUAAAGAAUUUUAAAUUAAUACAACUAUUGUGUAUUGUUUACAAAGAAAAAACAAACAUUUGCAGCAGUAUUAAUUGUCUCAUUGGCUGCACUUUAUUUCUCGUGUUUUCUUGAGUAAAAGGUGCAUCUUUCAAUACAAGUGAAUGUGAAACACAGAGAAGGGUAAAUUGGUGUCAGAUGUUGUGUAUACUGUAGGAAUCAAUGAAACAGUACCUUGUUUUUAUCAAGUGAGUAUUUGACUUAUCAGUUCUCUUACUUUUAUGAUUACGCUUUGUUUUUAUUUCAAGGGUAUGAGAGAAUAUCCUUGGCUGUGUUCAAUUGCAAUGACACCUUGUAAAAUAUCAGUGUCGUCUUUAAACCUCGCAAGAAUUGCCGAGAUCUAAUUUGCUUGUAGACCCUUGAGCCCCUUCCUAGAUGAAUCACACAAACCUACUCCAAUUUUACUCCAUUAUGAGCAAACGACCAUGGUCAAAUUAGGCUGCCUGUCAUACAACCCAGUGAAAUGACAGUCAUGUUAACUGUUGAAGAUUUGUAGUGUGACAAUAUUCUGCCAUUAGUGAACAUUUACCCCACGUAAAGAAUUAGAUUUUAUAGAAUCUGUGAGCUUGAGAAAGUUUAAUUGUAUUUUGAAUAGAUCAUUGAUAAGAUUGCAGCUUUGUACUCCAAUGGCCUUACCAUUAAAUGUUAGUAAAAUUACAGUUUUACUUGGGACCAGGUUACAUUUAAUGUAACUAAAAAAGCACUCCACUGGAGGACUUAUUGCCUACAAAGAAAUCUGUUUCAACUUUUUUUUUCUGUAAAGCACAUAUAUUAGCAGCUUGUUAUUACGUUCCAGAAAGUUCUAAAAAAGGAAUGGAAUCAAAGAUGUGUUUAACACAUAAAUCUGCUCAUAAUGUGUACUGAUACUGUGUAAGAAAAAAAAUAAAUCUUGGUUUUGUUAA